AUGCUCUACGACUUAAUCAUUAUCGGGGCCGGACCAGCGGGCCUGGCGGCCGCCAUUUACGCUAAACGAGCUUUAUUAAAAACUUUAAUUUUAGAAAAAGAUUUAGCCGGGGGCAAAUUAAAUAAAACGGCAGAAGUGGAAAAUUAUCCGGGUUUUACCAAAAUUAGUGGUUCGGGACUAGCCGAAGAAAUGGCUAAGCAUGUUCAUGAAGAAAUAACUCAAUUGACUAAAAAUAGCCAAGAAAUAUUUGUGGCAAAGACUAAAAAUGCAGUUUACUUUGGCAAAGCAGUUAUUAUUGCUUCGGGAACUGUCGAAAACAAAUUAAAAGUUCCCGGCGAGGAGGAGUUUACUAAUUAUGGGGUUUCUUAUUGUGCAAUUUGUGAUGGCUUUCUUUUUCGUGGCCAAACGGUGGCCGUGGUGGGCGGAGGCUAUUCCGCUUGCGAAGCCGCGCUUUAUUUAAGCAAUCUGGCGAAAAAAGUAUAUUUAAUUCAUCGCCGAGCAGAAUUUCGGGUCGACCAAGAAAUCGAACAACAAAUUAGGCAAAGCCCGCAAAUCCAAUUAAUUUUAAAUACUGCGAUUAGCGAAAUUAGCGGCGAAGCAGAAAAGCAAAAAAGGCUUACUUGCCUUAUCCUAAAAAACUUAAAGGAAGCACAAGAAAAAAAAAUAGAAGUUAGUGCUUUAUUUCCUUGCAUUGGUCUACUUCCUUACACUAAUUUCCUUCAUAAUUUAAGGGUUUGUGACGAAAAGAAUUAUAUUUUGGUUAACGAAAAAUGUGCGACGGAAGUUUCCGGACUAUUUGCAGUGGGGGAUGUUAUUCGACCAGAGCGAAUACGGCAAAUCGUAACCGCAACUGCGGAUGGGGCUAUUGCUGCCCAAGCAGUAACUGAAUAUUUAAGAAAAUUCGAUAAAAAACAAGAAUUUACUGUCUACUAA